UUCCCCUCCCUCCCUGCCCUCCCUAACUUAACAACUCCGCCUCCUCCCUCCUCUGAUUUCGUUUAACACAUGAGAGAACAAAGACUCGCCGAAUCAUCAGCAGCAACUCAUGAUGAACAGUCAGGAUUAUUCGCCCCCACACAUGGACGCAUCACGUCCGUCCCUUGGUUUCCCUCUCGGUACUGCGCUUCUCUUGAUCGUCAUCUUCAGCUUGAGCGGAAUUUUCUCCUGCUGUUAUCACUGGGACAAGCUCAGGUCCCUCCGCAGAUCCUUCGCUGCCGAAGACGGCAUCGAAGAUCCCGAUUCCGACAUCGAAGCUGCUUCCAAAUCUAAGAAUUCACACACGGAAUUGAAGCCGAACAAGAGCCAGAGCUUGCCGGUGCUAAUGCCGGGAGAUAAGGUUCCGAAGUUCAUUGCAUUGCCUUGUCCAUGUGAGCCAACGCGGCCGGAAAAGGUUACCGUGAAGGUGGAGAAGCCGCUAAAGCCGCCGCGACUGGCGGUGCCUUUGUACUAGAGCAAAGUUGACUCUUUCUUGUAUAUAGAGGCCAAUUCUGUCCAAUGCUCAUUUUUGCCCCUGUUUUUUUUGGGUUUUGUAUUUUUUAAACAAGAAUCAAAAGUUUUCACUCCAUGUCGGGUAAAUUGAGUCAAAACUCAGCGUAUGACUACAAAGAUAUUAUUCACAGUGGGAAUUGA